ACUUAUUGAAUUUUCUAAAAAUGUUCCUUAUCAUUAACUUAAUUCGUGUUGAAAUUGCAGUGGAAAUGCUAGUUAGCGAUCUUCUAAAGAUUGUAUCUAAAAUAGAUUCCUGUAUUUUUUGUGCAAAUUCAUGUCCUUCUACUGACAUCCAAUGUCAUCAUAGUGGUAAUACAUCAACUUAAUGAUAAGCGAUUUUAUUUUUGUUGCAAUAGUAACAUACAUCUUUCGUGCCUGAAAAAGCAUCUGGUAGAUUCUAGUUCUUAUAGAAACGAUGACUACUUACGCGCUCAAAGUAAAAAUGAAGACUGGUCAGCAAAUUGUGAAAACAUUGACUUCAGAGAGUACAAUCAAGGAACUGAAGACUUUGCUCUCAAAACUCUCAAAUAUACCUCAAGAUCGCCUAAACGUCUUAUCCGGAUUCCCUCCAAGGAUUCUGGAUUUGAAUCAUGAAUCAAACCAUUUGUGUUCCAGUGGGAUUUUCUCUGGAGACACACUCAUCUUGGAAGAAAAGGCUGUAGCAACAGUACCAGUAACACCACCACCACUGAAGCCAAGACCUACUGCUACUAUUGUAUCUAAUGAGGAUACUGCCUCCUAUGAUUGUCCAGGUAUUCUGAUGAAACAUGUUGUGCCAGCUGAUAACUCAUGCCUCUUCACCAGCAUACAUUUUGUGUUGAAUGGAAAAGUUGAUGAUACAGGAUCAGUGGCACCUUGGAUGAGAACUCUGAUUGCAGAGACUGUAUCCAAGGAUCAUGAGAAAUAUUCAGAAGCAAUCUUAGGCAAACCGAACGCUGACUAUUGUAAGUGGAUUCAGGAUGAUAAUACUUGGGGUGGUGCCAUUGAAAUCUCCAUCCUUUCUAGUUACUAUGGAAUAGAAAUAGCUGUUGUUGAUACUAUAAAUGCUAUUAUUAAUAGGUUUGGAGAAGACCAAGAUUAUGGUACUAGAGUAUUUUUGCUAUUUGAUGGCAUCCAUUAUGAUCCUCUCUACUUAGAACCAAUUGAUGGUGGAAACAUGCAAACAAUAUUUCCAACAGAGGAUGAAACCAUAUUCAGGGAGGCUGAGCAGUUGGCUGUGGAGGCGAAAUCAAGCAGGCAAUACACGGACGUGAAUAAGUUCACGUUGAAAUGCAUCGUCUGCGAUAUGAAGCUCAGCGGACAAGUGCAAGCUCAGCAACAUGCGAAAAGCACUGGUCACACCAGUUUCGGAGAAAUCUAAGCUAUAAGAAUCCACUAAUUCCCAAUUUCAAUAACAAAAUACUGCACUCAAUUUGUGUUCAUUUACUGAUUAAUAACGAUAGUGUAUAAGACUAUUGAUAUGCUGCGAUUAUAUGUGCCUCAAACUUAUAUUAUAUAUAUUUAAAAAAGAAAGGAAUAAAGUAAUUAGCGUUUA